UCGUUCACCUCGCCGAAAACUACAUCCACCUCGCUCAUCUAUACGUGUGCCGUGAUGGGUGCCUUUCAUGAUCUCAUCUUCUUCCACUACACCUCGCCGGCCGCCGGCGUGUUCUAUAUCACAUCGUCGUCGCGCGUGCCGCGUUGUCACUUCACUACUUGCACUUCACGAGCUCAGCUCGUCCCACCUUUCUUCAUUUGCUGCUGACGAUCGAUCCAUCGAUCGAGCCCCAGCUGAAUUGAAGGACAAACUAAUCAAUGGCCACCGGCAGCAGCAGCGUAAGCCCCGCGGCGGCGGCGCUCCUGGUGCUGGCAGCGAGCGCCACGGUGUGCGCGGCGCAGCUCCGGCGCGACCACUACGCCGGCGUGUGCCCGGACGUGGAGUCCAUCGUGCGCGGCGCCGUGGCCAAGAAGUAUCGGGAGACGUUCAUCACGGUGGGCGCCACGUUGCACCUCUUCUUCCACGACUGCUUCGUCACCGGCUGCGACGCCUCCGUGCUCGUGGCGUCCACGCCCAACAACACCGCCGAGAAGGACCACCCCGUGAACCUCGCCCUCGCCGGGGACGGCUUCGACACCGUCAUCCGCGCCAGGGCCGCCGUCGACGCCGUGCCGCGGUGCCGGGGCCGUGUCUCCUGCGCCGACGUCCUCGCCAUGGCCACCCGGGACGCCAUCGCGCUCGCCGGCGGGCCCUCGUACGCGGUCGAGCUCGGCCGGCUCGACGGCCUGAGCUCCACGGCGAGCAGCGUCGACGGCAAGCUCGCGCCGCCGUCGUUCAACCUGGACCAGCUCACCGCGCUGUUCGCCACCAACGGGCUGUCGCGGACCGACAUGAUCGCGCUCUCGGCGGGGCACACGGUGGGGUUCGCGCACUGCAGCACCUUCGCCGGCCGGAUCCAGGGGGCGGCGGCGCCGGACCCGACGCUGAACCGGAGCCUUGCGGCGCGGCUGCGGGAGUGGUGCCCGGCGGGGGUGGACCCGCGGAUCGCCGUCACCAUGGACGUGGUCACGCCGCGGGUGUUCGACAACCAGUACUUCAAGAACCUGCAGGACGGGAUGGGCCUGCUCGCGUCCGACCAGGUGCUGUACACGGACCCGAGGUCCAGGCCCACGGUUGAUGCCUGGGCCAAGAGCAGCGUGGCGUUCAGCCAAGCCUUCGUGACUGCAAUCACCAAGAUGGGCCGGAUCGGGGUCAAGACUGGGGCCCAAGGGAACAUCCGCCGCAACUGCGCAGUGCUCAAUUGAGUUGAGCAGGUUGCAGAGGUGCUGCAACAUUGCUGCUUAACUAAUUGUUAUGUUUAUAUAGGAAAAACAUAAUUUCUAUAUUAAUAAUUUCUUAAGGUACGUAGAAAACAAAAAAAUAUCUUAUUUGAUAUGAAAAAUAUCCUCUAGUUGAUUGUUCAUCUUCCUGUUGCUUGUUGUUUGAUCUCGGCCGUUGAUCGCG